UUUGCCUUUAAAAGUGGGCCGUGCAGUUGUUGCUUCUUUGUAACUGUCAGUCGUGAUGUAGCACUGGCUCAGAGGGUGAUGUCAGCUUUUCUAGGGAAGGGGGGGGUCGACAUUACAGCAAAGUAUUAGAAUAAUAUACGGGAGCUGGUAACAAUAGACCGGAAUAACGCUGCUUCAACACUUCACUCUGCAAUUCUACUGUGGUUAGAGAAAGAGCAUCAAACAACCAUGGAUAGCGAUGACGAAAAUAUGGAAGAAAUCGUUGAAGGCCCCCUCGACGAGGACGGCCAGCCGCACGGCUUCUGCACCGUCACGUACUCGUCCAGCGACCGCUUCGAGGGCACGUUCGUCCACGGGGAGAAGAACGGCCGAGGGAAGUUCUUCUUUUUCGACGGGAGCACGCUUGAGGGGUUCUACGUGGACGACGCCCUGCAGGGCCAAGGCGUGUACACCUACGAGGACGGAGGCGCGCUGCACGGCGCCUACGUGGACGGGGAGCUGAACGGCCCCGCCCACGAGCUGGACGCCGACGGGCGCGUCGUCUUCAAGGGCCAGUACAAGGACAACAACCGCUGCGGCGUCUGCUGGAUCUACUACCCCGACAGGGGCGGCGUAGUGGGCAAGGUGAACGAGGAUGGCGAGAUGACGGGCAGCGAUGUGGCGUACGUGUACCCCGACGGCAAGACGGCCCUGUACGGGAGCUUCGUGGACGGGGAGCUGAUCGAGGCCCGGCUCGCCACUCUGUCCUCGGUGGAGAACGGCCGACCGCACUUUGACGACGUCGUGCCUGGCAGCGCGGUCUACAGGUACGACAAGUCAACCUCCACCUGCAUCGCUGCCCACGGCAUGCUGCCUGAUCCCUACGAGGCCCAAAGGGUGUAUGUGGCAGACUCUUUAAUCUCAGGGGCGGGGGAGGGGCUCUUCGCCAAAACCGACGCGGAGCCCAACACCGUGAUGGCCUUCUACAACGGGGUCCGCAUCACGCAUUCGGAGGUGGACAGCAGGGACUGGUCCCUCAACGGGAACACGAUAUCUCUGGACGAGGACACGGUGAUCGACGUGCCGGAACCCUUCAACGGCACAGAUAAAUACUGCGCUUCACUGGGGCAUAAGGCCAACCACUCCUUCACUCCUAACUGCACCUACGAACCGUUUCUCCACCCUCGUUUUGGACCCAUCAAGUGCAUACGCACGGCUAGGGCAGUGCAGCGGGACGAGGAGCUGACGGUGGCAUACGGCUAUGAUCACACACCCUCAGGGAAGGGCGGGCCGGAGGCACCCAACUGGUACAAGCAGGAGCUGAGGACCUUCCAGGGCACUCCAACGAACCCUUCGGAAUGAGACCCACGCCCAUCCCGACCCCUCACCCUCUAAGCCCCUUUCAGCCCCUCUCAGCGCCUCAAACCUUCACCAUCUCAACCCCUUAAACCCUCAACCCCUCAACCUCUCAGACCUUCAGCCCCUCAAACCUGCAGACCCUUAACCUCUCAACACAUCAAACCCUCAGUCCCUCAAACCUUCACCCUCUCAACUCCUCAAACCCUCAACCCCUUAGACUCUCAACCCCUCAACCUCUCAACACUUCAAACCCUCAACCCCCCAGACCCUCAACCCCUCAACCUCUCAACACUUCAAACCCUCAGGACGUCAAGCCUUCAAUCUCUCAACCCCUCUGUGCCUCAAACCACCAACCCCUCAAACCCUCAGCACCUCAAAUCUUCACCCUCUCAACCCCUCAACCUCUCAGACCCUCAACCCCUCAAAACCUCAACCCCUCAGACCCUCAAACCCUCAACCCCUCAAACUCUCAACCUCUCAUCUUUUCAACCUUUCAACCCUUAAAUGUCUCAAACCCUCAGCCCCUCAACCCCUCAACCUUAAACUCAAACCUUCAAACCCUCAGCCCAUGAAGCCCUCAACCCCUCACCGCAAGCACGGUCGCACUAGGGACUAACAAGACAGGCAGCGCGUUCCAACACACGUACGCACAUUCGCGCGCGCACACACACACUGUGGAACUAUGCACUACCGACCAACCAGGGAGUCUGUCCAUCUAUCGCUCUGGCCACUCUUCUGCUAGCAUUUCAACGUGCGAGCCAUGGGGUUGUUUUCUUUGGUUUGCUAGACACACUUCAAUUCUGUGCCUCUUUUUUUCCCCCUCUUUCCAAAACAGACGCCAAUUACCCUUGCAGUGAUGCUGUGCAGAGAUCACUGUUCAACUUCAGGCCCCAUUAAACAGUUUCUGAACAUUUUUUCCUCACCCAGAGCGUUGGAAGUACCUCAGACCUCCUGACUGGCAAAAUGCAUCUCCGUUUGCAUUAAAUGUUGGUGCUUUUGAGUGCGGUCAACAGAAUUCUUCGCUAGUGCAAAAUCGUUCUCGCCUCAUCUUUGUGCGUCUCUUCUGUCUUCUGUAACGGGAAGGGAUGGCUUAUCCAAUGACAUGGGCUCAGGAAAUGUCAACCAAUUGGCGUUUUUGUCAAAGAAAAAUAUACAGGCUUAUUUAUUGAGGAAAGUGAGAUGCUUGAAUGACUCUUAAGUGUAACUGUCCACUAUGCUAAUUGCUUGGACGAGCUUAACAUCACCAUUUUCAGGGUGAACUAGUGCUUUUUGAAAUCGGUUAUGAAACUGAUGCAUUUUGUACAAGAUGAAGUACAUUCACUGUACUUAACAGCUUUGUCCUGCAAGCAGCUUCUGGACCUGGAGUAUUGUAAAGGGAGCUGUUUGAAUUUAAAUGCUUAUCAUUGGCUGUUUUCUGCUUUCUUAUAUCGGCAGAAAGGUCAUUCUUUUUUGUCAAGAUAAAAUAAAUGUGGUUACUAUGUGUACUAGCUUUGUGCUUAUGAAAUUAUCUGAAUAUUUCUUUUGCUACAAGUAUCUAAUAAUUUUUUGAAUCUUUAGAUUUCCAAGAUAAAAAUUAAGUUGGGAAAUGAAGAAACAUCACCACAAAAAUCACAUCACAGUUCACAGGUACAGGCUGUGGAGAAAAGAUCCUGAAACCACAAGUCUGAUUUCUUCACCAGUUUGUGUGUUCCAUGGAAACCUAAUCCUGGACAAAAAGGACAACGUUAGCAAAUGAACAUUGUAGCUCUGUGUAACGUGAUAUUUGUGCAGCUUUUUAUCGCAAAUACUGAAUCAUUUAUUCAAUGCAGUUAUCUUUUCUUUGCUUAUUUUUUCCUCAGAAAUAUUGUAAAAUGAAAUACCUGCAUUUAGCUCUGUAUUUAAUGCCUAGUCAAUAAAUUUUUAACCUACAUUCAAAGAACAACUUAUAGCUAGAUCUGCAUCCUGUACAUAUAUGUAGUCUGAAUAGUACUCUCUCUGAAUGCACAUUAUCUGCUUGUGUACACUUCUUCCUAACCUGAGGGUAAUCAUGUGAUCGGGUACAAGGCAGCUCUGUGGUUUGUUGUUUGAACUCCUAGGAUCCAGUGAGCUGGCUAAAAAAAUCUGUACCCUUAGUUUUUGGUCAAGGAUCAUUAAACCAUGUCCCUGCUGUUGCAAGUUGGCAGCCUUUGUGCCUUCAGUGUAAAGAAGCGAGGAACAGGAAGUACAUUGAUUUUACUAUGAACCAAAGCACCUCCCCACCACAAAGUGAACCGUUUCAGAGAGAGGAGGGUGACUGAGGGGCGGGAGGUGGGUUUGAUGUCACAGGAUUUCGGAUCCUGAAGGAACAGUAGCCAGCCCCAACGAAUUUGAUUUGGAGACCCUCAGCUUCCGACUGCAGGUAGCGCAAGUUUCAGCAUUUCGGCUUCUUUACCUUUCCCAAUUCAAUCUGGCUUCAGUCGUAAGUGCUAAAAAUGAUACAAAAUCGCGAAAUAAUGUAUGGCAACUGGGAUGAAUUGUAAGUGUCAGAAUUAAAUCCAAUUCUAUUGUUGACUGACAGUAUGAUUUUUGGACACCAAUAUGGUGAUGGCUACAUUUAAAAAAAAUAAAAAACUUCCCUUGAAUCUGUUAACGGUAUCUAUUCAUUGUGCUUCCUGUGUCCUUCCAACUUAAAUAAGUUCUUGUUCAUGGGGGUCUAAUUUGUGUCAACAAUUUUGAUAUGUUAUAUAUACUGUUUGAAUGGACCUUUUAAAAAUGUGAUAUCUAAUAUCCCAUGUGUAGCAAUAAUGUCAUGGGUUUAUGAUUGUUUAAAAUUCUGAUUAUCUCAAAUGUGUUUAUCAAGGCAGACUUUAAAGGGGAGUAUUCCUUAAAUAUCAGUUUUCUCACAUUUGGCCAAGAUGGUGGUAUUAUCAAUAUAUAUUAAUCUUUGUAUAACAAACAAAAGAUACACUUUCAUGGUUGAGCAUUACUGUUCUUUAACAAGUGGGAUUAUGUAAUGGCUGUUUUAACAGGGUGUAUUAUGAGAUCUUUUUGAGCAAUACACCAUAUUAAAGGUGUACAUCUUACAGUCACAAAAUGAAGGGAGGACUGUAAAAACAUGCAAUAGCAAAUCUGACUGAACUCCCAACAUUUGUCAUUUGUACUUUAAAUAUUGUUCUAUGGUUAGAUAUCUAAGAUGUAUGUUUUGCACAGAAUAAGGGCAAUGGUGGACACAUCUGAUGCAUUUGUGUUAAAAUAAUUAUAGUAUACAGUUGUCAGUCAUUCCAGUUGGCUGGGAGAUUUGGACAUUUAAAAAAGUGAACUGCUUUGUGUUCAGGAUUGUGUUGAUGGUGAUUGUGAUUUUUUUGAUGUAAUUGUGGGCUCGUAAGAGAUUGAAAAUGGUUUUUUGUGUGAAAAUGGUUUAAAAUGGAGCUGAGAGGAAGUGAGCUAGAGGCUUUGGACUACAAUCACAAAAGUGUUUGAAUAUUUCCCAUGAGCACAUUGCAAAUCAUGGUGCUGCCAUGUUUUACUUAUUUCACACUUUUAUGUUCACAAGCUGUUGAAUAUUUAACAAAUUCAUUUUCCAAAUGAUGGGAUUAAGUGUUUUUAUUUGUACUGGAGGAUUUUUGUAUUAUAUUUCUGACUAUGAAACUUGUGCGAUGACUGUCACAAUUGGCAACCCAUGUUACCGGUCCAUUUAACAACCAGUAUUAUGUAUUAUUUUUACAGGCACCAAUCAUGUCUUAUUGAUAAUUUUGAACACAGUGUAGCAGGACAGUGCCCUUGCAUUAGACAUUUGGUGAUGAAACUGUUCUGGUGGAAUACUUUGAGGUCCCAACCUCACGAGUUUUACGCAGGAAUGCCUGUAAUCUGUUGCUGUUCUUUUCCUAAGAAUUCCUAGCCUUAGAUCAGUGGAUUCCAAUCUGCAUAUGAUCAAAUGAGCAGGUGAGCCCAUGUGGCGAUGUUUACAAGAAGCUGUGUUUGCAGAGUGAUAGUGUGAGCAUGCGUGUUGAAUGUGUAUUUUUACUCGUGUAAAGACAGGUAUAUGAGAAUGGUAGAGUAUGUGAAGAUGGCAACGGUGAGCCUUUAAAAAAAAAAAAAAGUUGUAGCUGAAGUGUCUCUUGUGCAAUAUUCUAAGGAAUAAUAAAGCAUACAUACAUAA